UAAAUACUCAAAAGCAACUGAUACGAUUGUUUUGUCUCAGUCUCUAGUUGAUUCCAACAAUAGCAUCUUGGUUUCGAACAAUGGAAUGUUUGAAUUUGGUUUUUUUAGUCCUGGAACUUCCAGCAAUCGUUAUAUUGGAAUCUGGUACAAGAUUGAUCCUGCAACUGUUGUUUGGGUUGCAAACAGGCUCAAUCCAAUAAAUGACUCUUCAGGAAUUUUGAUUCUAGAUAAUACAGGAAAUCUCACACUUGUUAGUAAGAACAAGAGUGUUAUUUGGUCAUCAAAUUUAGAGAAAAUAGUGCGGAAUCCAGUAGCACAGCUUCUUGAUUCAGGUAACUUAGUCAUCAGGGAUGAAAAGGAGAGCGAUUCUGAAAGAUUUUUGUGGCAAAGUUUUGACUAUCCUUCUGAUACAUUACUUCCAGGAAUGAAGAUUGGAUGGGACGUAGAGACCGGACUAAAUCGGCGUCUAUCAGCCUGGAAGAACUUGAGUGAUCCUUCUCCUGGAGACUUCACUUGGGGAAUGGUGUUAAGUGGUAAUCCUGAAGGAUUUUUAUGGAAAGGCUCGAAAAAAUAUUAUCGAAGUAGUCCAUGGAAUGGUAUUGGAAAUAGUGGUUCUCCAAACUUGAAAGAAAAUCAGCUUUAUGAGUUCAGUUUUAUCUCUAAUGAAAAAGAGGUGUACUAUACUUAUAACCUGAAAAACAGAUCUGCCAUGUCAAGGAUUGUUUUGAAUCAAACUAGUUAUUUGCGGGAAAGAUACACUUGGAACGAAGAAAGUCGAACUUGGGAAUUGUAUACGUUUGUGCCAAGAGACUAUUGUGAUAGAUAUGGGCUAUGUGGUCCUUAUGGAAAUUGUAUCAGUACUGAAUCACCAGUUUGUCAAUGUUUAAAAGGUUUUGUCCCCGCUUCACCUGAAAAUUGGAAUUCUGCAGAUUGGUCUCAUGGGUGUGUGAGAAAUAAUCCACUGAAAUGCCAUAAUGGAGAAGGAUUCGUUAAAUUUGUUGGCUUGAAAUUGCCUGAUACUACUAGUUCGUGGGUGAAUAGAAGUAUGAAUCUUAAGGAAUGUAGGGCUAAAUGCUUACAGAACUGUUCAUGCAUAGCUUACACUACUUUCGAUGUAAGGGCACAAGGCAGUGGCUGUGCUAUUUGGUUUGGUGAUCUGAAUGAUAUGAGAACUUCUAAAUCAGGGCAGGAUCUAUAUGUUCGCAUGUCUGCUUCAGAUUUAGAGGAAAAAAUUGAGCCUAAGAAGAAAAUAAUGAUUAUAGUUGCAAUUGUCGUCACCUUGUGUUUUGGCAUGCUUAUCAUUUGCUACUGCGUUCGCAAAAGCAAAGCAAGAGUAAAAGAGAAAAGAGAAAGCGAGGAAAAUGAUGAUAAGGAGCAUAGCGAGCAAGAACAGCAGGACUUGGAGCUACCAUUGCUUGAUCUAACUGCAAUAACUAAUUCCACCAACAAUUUUUCUAAUGAUAACAAGCUAGGGGAAGGUGGUUUUGGGCCAGUUUACAAGGGUACAUUAAUGGAUGGGCAGGAGAUAGCUGUAAAGAGGUUAUCAAAGAAUUCUGGACAAGGGUUGCAAGAAUUCAAAAAUGAAGUAAUUCUUAUAGCUAAGCUUCAACAUCGAAAUCUCGUAAAGCUUCUUGGUUGUUGCAUUCAAGGAGACGAGAAGAUUCUGAUUUAUGAAUACAUGCCAAAUAAAAGCCUUGACAAUAUCAUUUUUGAUCAAAGGAAAGGUGACCUACUUGAUUGGUCCAAGCGUUUCAACAUUAUUUGUGGGAUUGCACGGGGACUUCUUUAUCUUCAUCAGGAUUCUAGAUUGCGAAUUAUACAUAGAGAUCUCAAAGCAAGUAACGUUUUACUGGACAAGGAUAUGAAUCCCAAAAUCUCAGAUUUUGGCAUGGCUAGAACAUUUGGAGGUGAUCAAACUGAAGGAAAUACAAAUCGAGUGGUUGGCACUUAG